AUGUUUAUAGCAAGCGAGGAGGAAGUGAUGCUUUCAGACAAGCUCGAAGCGGCCGAAGGGCUCGAGACUGUCGUUUCAGCUGAAGAGGCUGUUGUCUCAGUGGAGCUCGAUAACAGAGCUGCAGUUAACUGCGAAGAAGAAGCGCUUGUAUCCGUUGAAGAAGCUGUUGGGGACACAGCCGUCUGUGUAGUGGUGGAAUCCAAGAAGGUAGGGGUCAAGGAGUUACCAGACAAUGAUUCCGAAGCCGAUGAAGAUUCUGCUUUGGUGGAUGUCGGCGCAGAGGUAGUUGAAAUAGAAAUGAGAGAUACAUCCAACGGUGACAGUAAGCUUGUGAAACCUGAAGAAGAAGUUAAUGUCGAUGAGAUGCUAGAUUCCGCUAAAGAUGACGAUUCUGAAGAUGACAAAAUUUCUACUGCGGUUGAAGUCGGGAUAGAGAUGAUGGAGACGGAGGUAGUCGAGCCAGAAGUGAACGCCGAGCCAAGCGAUGGCAGCAAGCUUGAAGAGUCCAAUGAGAUUAGUGACAACGGCAGCGCCAGGGAGCUUGAUGAAAUCGGGGAUGCUGACAAGCCUGAUGACGAAGAGAAAAUUGAGUUGUCUGAGGAAACUGUCGAGUCUAACGAGCUUGAUAUGACCGCAGAAACAGAGAAAAGAGUAGACGUAGAUGUUUCGGAACUAUCUGAGGAAUCUGUUGAUGUAGACGGCUCCCCAGAGCUUGGAAUCGAAACGCCGAAAGAGGUAGGAGUUCCAGACGAUGCCUCAAAUUCUAUAGUGCUUGAAGAGCUCGGAAGGACUGAACCUAGCAGUGAAGUUUCACUGGACGUGGUUGACAAUGGCGAGACUGACGGUUCGGUAGGGCUCGAAGAAGAGGCCUGGAUUGACAGAGCAUUGAACGAGGCAGAGAGUGACAAUGUGUCAGAGAAGCUUGACGAGCUCGAUGAUGCCAAUGAGCUAAGGGUUUCUGUCGAAGAUGAAAUACCCAAUGAAUUAGGCAAGCUUGAUUCUGCCGAGGGUGUCAAAGAAUUUGAUAGAACUGGUGAGCUGGUAUCCAAAGAGAGACUUGAAGAGUCGGAUGACGUUGGAAAGAUUGAGGAGCUUGAGGGCUCCUUGGCACUUGCCAAAGACUGCUGUGCUACAACGAUUGUACCAGGCAGACUGCCCGAUGGUAAGAUAGUUGAAAUAGGUAGUGGCGUCGUAAGGAAUUCGGUUCCGGAGUAUAGUACCGUAGAUGUGACAAAGAGGCCAGGCCGUGCCAAAACAAUCGUGCCAGGAGCUGUCCCGCUAGGUUGUAUUGUAGUUAUGGGAAUAGUUCCAGUGAUAGUACUGGAGCCCGAGUAA